CAUUUAAUGUGGUGCUUUAAUCUACAUCUAGUGCCAGUUGGUUAAUGUUUUCAAAAUUUUCUGCCUCAGGUUCAAGACUUUGGACUCUUAUGUCAAUGAUUUACAGCUCUAAACAGGGAAGUGGCAUCAAGGUCAUGUGUGCAUGUGUGAGAGAGACAGAAAAAGAAGACUGUUUGAGUCUUAACUGGAUAAUAUAAGGUGGUGUAGUGCAGCUGAGGGGUGUGUGAAGCACUCACUUCAUAGCUGAACAGCCUUGAAAUGUAAAAUAACAGCUAAUCAAUGACUGGAUUGAUCAGAGAAAGCUGAAGGGAGGGAGUCAAACUACUCAGCCAGAACCAAAGUGGUCUGCUAAAUUGCUGAUGUAAAAUGUACUUUUAUUAAUUCUAGUCAAGUUCAUGGGUCUGAAAUAGCCAUUUGAAAGCUUUUUGUUAGCAGAAGCAUCAUUUUAGCUAGUACAGUGAUACCUCCUGCAUGUGAUUUUUUUCGUAACAUAUUUUUUUCUUGGGAAAAAAAAGGUCCUCUGCAAAUGCAGGUAUGUGGACCAAAAAGAGGUGUAUCUCCAAGAGUGUUUUUCUUUGUGACUUCUGGUAUCCCACCUGUAUCAGCAGACAAGCUUUUGCCAAUAUCCUAUGUCAUCUUCAGCUCCAUCCCAGGUGGGUGACAAUGCCUGUCGAAAGGAUGCGGAUGCGGCCCUGGCUGGAAGAACAAAUCAACUCUAACAGAAUACCGGGACUGAAAUGGCUAAAUAAGGAGAUGAAGAUUUUUCAGAUUCCCUGGAUGCAUGCCGCAAGACACGGGUGGGAUGUUGAAAAGGAUGCUCCCUUAUUUAGAAACUGGGCAAUUCACACAGGAAAAAAAACGAAAUCUGAGAAGGAUGAUAAAUUCAAACAAAUUAAGCAAGAGCCAGUUGAAUCAUCUUUUGGGAUGAAUGGGCUAAAUGAUGUCACUUCUAACUAUUUCCUGUCCUCCAGCAUAAAAAAUGAAAUUGACAGUACAGUGAACUUUGUAGUUGUAGGACAGUCACACUUUGAUGGCAGCAGUGAGGAGCAGGUGAUAGUUGCCAACCCUCCUGAUGUUUGUCAGGUGGUAGAGGUGACAACAGAAAGCGAUGAACAGCCCCUCAGCAUGAGCCAGCUGUAUCCUCUACAGAUCUCCCCUGUCUCAUCCUAUGCAGAAAGUGAAACAACUGACAGUGUUCCAAGUGAUGAAGAAAAUGCAGAGGGACGACUUCAUUGGCAGAAAAAAAACAUUGAAGGCAAACAGUAUCUCAGCAAUCUAGGAAUGAGGAACACUUCUCAUAUGCUUCCCAGCAUGGCAACUUUUGUAGCCAACAAGCCUGACCUCCAAGUCACCAUCAAAGAAGAAAGCUGCCCACUGCCUUACAAUAGCUCCUGGCCUCCUUUCCCAGACAUCCCUCUGCCACAAGUAGUGUCCACAGCCUCCACAAGCAGCAGCCAGCCAGACCGUGAGACAAGGGCCAGCGUCAUCAAGAAAACGUCAGAUAUCACCCAGUCAAGAGUCAAGAGCUGCUAAGCCUUUGACAGUGUGGUUUUUUAGCUUUGUUUUGUUUGGUUUUGUAUUUUACGUUUCUCUAAGAGAGGUUCAUCCCUUGACGCACACAAGACAAACCCUAAGGUAAAGCCUUGGCAAUAUAAAACAUUGCAGUGUCUGACUCCAGUGCCGGAGUGUUUUUAACUCAGGACUCCAGCAGUCAGUGUGUAUACCUGAACCCCUAUUUCCAAGGUUGCUACAUAGGAAAAGAACCCAAGAACUUUGGCCCACUCACAGGUUCCAGUGUUUCAUAAGAGGACCAACCGACCACAAGGGAAGUGGUGCUGCUGCGCUUCUUGCUGUCAAGGCUGUGAUGAACUGAAAGCCUCAGAAUGGGAGAGAAAAUGUGAACUAGCUGGAAUAUUUUUAAAGAAAAAUCUAUUGUGAAUAUUGUACAUAGUGCAGUACUAGCAAAGUUGCAGUCUGCUUCUGCACCUUAUUAAGAAAGCACUUACAAAAGGCCUUUUAUUACCUUGCUCUACUUAAUGGCACAUUGAAGGUCCCUCUCCACCUGUAUUCUUUUCCAAGGCUAUUCUUGCUAAAGUGUCUUUAAAGAAUAGAGGAAGGGAAAGGAAGCUAAAACUUUCCAUGUGGAUUUCAUAUGUUCUGAGACUGCUUUCAUCAUGUUUGUUUCUAAUCUGCUAUGCUUGAAUGCCGCGUGGUACAAUAGAAAAAAGAAAAUAAACUUAUUACAGAGAUAUUAUGCAAAUUCCCAGAUUUAAAAAAAGAAGAAAAAUACUCUAAUUCUAACCAGAGCAAGCUUUUUUAUUUUUUAUACAGGGGAAUAUUUUAUUCAAAGUAAAAUUCUAAAGUGAAUAUAAUUUUUUUUAAUCUUUUCUACAGCAAAAUUUAUAAUUUUAAGAUUCAGUCCUUGGUUAUCAGCAGUUAUGACAUCCUUGUGGCACAUUUUUUUUUUAAUUUUGUAAAGGUGAAAUAGCUUUUAUGAGCUCAUGUAGCAAUCAGAUUAUCCUGUGGAUUGAUAAUAAAUAUGGUAUAUAGUUAAAUUUUUAAUAA